AUGCCCGUUGUUACGAGAAGCAAAGGCUUCAAAACAGUAGAUUCAGAAACUGAAAAACCAGAAAAAAAAGUUUCAGCGCCGGCAAAAAAACGCAAAAAUCCACCAAAAGAACCCCAAAAAGAUGAUGAAAACGCCCCUAAAGAGAAACAAUCCAAAAAAUCCGAGAAGAAACCACCACCGAAGGCAACAGAUACAGAACAGGCCGUUUCUGAUACAGCCACAGUCGAGGACACCCCGCAAAACAUAUACCAAUUCACAGCCAACGACAUCAAAGGCAAUCAAGUGAGCCUCGACAAGUACAAAGGACACGUUUGCAUCAUAGUAAACGUCGCAUCGAGAUGCGGACACACCAAGGCCCAUUACGAGCAAUUAGUGGAACUCUUCGAGAAACACUCUGAACCACAGGGCCUCAGAAUUCUCGCCUUUCCUUGCAACCAAUUCGGCAACCAAGAACCGCAGGACAACGAUAAAAUUUCGGAAUUCGCCUCGAAACGUAACGUUACAUUUGACAUGUUCGAGAAGAUUUGCGUCAAAGGCAAGAACGCUCAUCCUCUGUACGAGUUUCUGACGAGCCGGAUUAAGGGUAAAAAGGGCAACGCGAUCGCCUGGAACUUCACUAAAUUUAUCAUAGACAAGGAGGGUAACGUGGUGGGAAGGUACGAGGCUGCGGCGAAGCCUUUGAGUUUACUCGGGGAGCUGGAAAAGUACUGGUAA